CAAGAUUAUUUCAUAAUUUGCUGUGUAUAUAAAUGAUGAAAAAUACACCAAAUCACCAGAUAGAGAAAGCAAUACGAGCAGAGUGCAGUACGUAAUAGAAUUUUUUAAACUAAAGAUGAGAGUUUUACCAAUUGUGUUUUUGUUUGCAGGAUACCUGGGUGUCGCUGAAAGUUGUAUGUGCAUGCCGACACAUCCACAAAAUGCGUUUUGUAAAUCAGAAUUUGUGCUGAAAGCAAUUGUUACGUCCAGACGUCGCUAUACUUUCGUCAAGAAUUACGAACUGUUUGUCCAGAUGGGAAUACCACCUCCAAGAAUGGCAUACUACAGUAUCUCUGUUGUCAAAAUUUUCAAGGGGAAAGACAAAAUUCAACAUCUUCUCAAAAAUCCAGUUUUUUACACGCAUGCUCAAGACACGAUAAACAACUGCGGAAAAUUCUUUAACAAAGGAGAAAAAUAUUUACUUGCUGGAAGAUUGGUUGAUGGUCAAAUGCAAACCAGUAUUUGUGAUAUGAAUAGUAAAUGGCAUGAUGUAACAAAACAAAUGAAGCUUGGUAUCAAUGGGUUGUACGAUUGUAACUGUGCUGUAGCUACUUGCGUUGAUGGAUACUGUGAUCGCAAAAGCUCGUGCAAAUGGAAUGUUACAUGGGAUAAACCGAUCGAUGAAUGCUCGAUGAAACACCGCAGUUGUGGAAGUUCAAAGCAAGGAUGCGUGUGGAAUUCUGGCAGCCAAUAUGCAGAGUGUACCAAUCAACUUUAAGAAAUCAGUAAAAACGUAUAUUUACUACUAACUAAUAUUUUUUAUAUAUUUCUUAGUUAUAUAUAUAAUAAGAGGUUUUUUUGUUUAUUUUGACGACGUAUGCAUGUUGCAUUUGUAUAUAUAUAUAUAUAUUUAUAUAUAUUGGUUUAAUUUAAGUUAUUUAUUUCGAGAAAUAAAAAAAUUAAUUUGUAA